AUGUAUAAGAUCAAAGUGGAGCGAGGCAGGACCUACAUGUUGAGGAUCAUCAACGCUGCACUCAAUAACCAACUCUUCUUCAAAAUUGCCAAUCACACGAUGACUGUUGUUGCCAUCGAUGCCAGCUACACGGAUCCCUAUGAAACCGACGUUAUCGUCACCGCCCCAGGCCAGACCGUCGACGUCCUCAUCAAAGCCGACCAGCCGGUCGGGUCGUACUACAUGGCGGCGCGUCCGUACAUCAGUGUUCCUCUGCCGACUGUCAUACCAUUUGACAACACAACCACCAGGGGCAUUUUCGCCUACGAGGGUUCCGAGUCAAACAACUCCGUGAUGCCAACCCUACCUGAUUUCCUUGACACCCCAACGGCUCACAAGUUCUACACCAACCUGACAGGGCUCGCCGGUGGACCCCAGUGGGUCCCUGUCCCGCUCGUCGUGGACGAACACAUGUUCGUAACAGUCGGACUGAGUACGGAGCCGUGUGAAGAGAUUAAUGCCACGUGCCCGAACGGGCAAAGAUUCUCUGCUAGCAUGAACAAUGAAUCAUUCGUUUUCCCGCAGAACGCGUCUAUGCUGGAGGCAUAUUAUUAUGGCCGUGUGGACGGAGUUUACACCACUGAUUUUCCCGACAACCCUCCAAUUGUAUUUGACUACACGAACCCGAGCUUAAGCAACGUCGAACCACUGAUUUUUGCGCCGAAAUCGACGAAGGUGAAGAAGCUGAAGUUCAAUUCGACGGUGGAGAUGGUGUUGCAGAACACGGCGUUACAAGCACGGGAGAACCAUCCGAUUCACAUUCAUGGUUUCAAUUUUCACGUGUUGGCUCAAGGCUUUGGUAAUUACGAUGCCGUCAGUGACAGUACGAAAUUCAAUCUCGUUAACCCUCAGAUACGUAACACCAUCGCUGUUCCAUCUGGAGGCUGGGCCGUAGUAAGAUUCCAAGCUAAUAAUCCAGGUGUAUGGUUGGUACACUGCCAUCUAGACGUGCACUUGCCUGUGGGAUUGGCCAUGGCGUUUGAGGUUGGGAAUGGACCCACUCCAUCAUCUACUCUGCCACCUCCACCGUCCGAUCUACCCCGGUGUUAAAUUAGAUAUGGUGGACAAAUUUCCUCUGAAUACAAGUCAUAAUUGAUCACUCUAUUUUAUUAACUUGUUUGCUUGUGAAAUAGAUAAAUAAAGUUUGUAAGAGGUGGUUAAGUUGCAACCACUAUUCUUUCUUUGCA